AUGCCCGGUCCCAAACCCAAGCUCGAGGUCGCCACGCCCGUCACUAGCAACUUCCCUUCCGAAAUCACCUCUGCCACCUCAGUCAACACGGCCACGCCCCUCUCGAGUCUGAGCCUACCCGCCUUCUUGUGUAAGGCGGAACCGGACUUCGUCAAGACGCCCAUUAGCCCCCCGCUGGCGUACACCGAUUUCCUCUCUAAAGCCAUGUCCCUCAACUCGCCCAUUGUCGCCGCCGCCGCGGAAACCACGCCGCUCGAACCUUUGCCUGCCACCGAUGCCAGCGAAAAGCCCGACGACAGCAGCAUCAGCGCCCCCAGCACCACUGGCAGUAACAGCGCCAAGGACGACCAGUCAGUGUCGGCGUCGCCCACCACUUCUGCCUCUGCUGCUAGCACCAAGCCCUCAUCGCCCGCCACAGCCACGACACUCUCUGCCUCGGAAAGGGCCUCGGCCGUGGAAAGGGCACUGGCCUCUGCCUCUGCAUCUGCUUCUCUCGUGCCCCCGAGCCCAUUUACCAAAGCGCCCAUGUCGGCGCCGCUCACAGGGCCAACGUCAUUUCCUAGCUUCCAAAUCCCUCCCAGCCCGGCCCUCUCCAACCUCGACUCGCCCAUGAGCGCCGUCAGCUCCAUGUUCUCCCCCUACAGCGGCCGCUCCUCGCGCCCUGUUUUUGACUGGGAUGCCGCCAUCAAGAAGCGCACCAAGACGGCCCGCACCAGCGUCCGUCAUAUUCGCGAGGUGGUGACGAGAACAGUCACCUACACCCCACGCAUGGAACCCGCCCCCCGCGGCAAGCGACGCAAAGUUGAAUAA